AUGGGGGCGCACCGCCACGGUCUCCGCCGCCUGAGCUCCGGCCGGCGCUCAAGCGCCAUACCAUUCAAUCUAGAUCAAACGGCCGCCGUCGUCACGCUGCUCGUCGUCGGCUCGUGGGUCAUCGUGCCCGCGUUCGCCCUCGAAAAGGCCGUCGUCCUCGACGCGCCGCCGAAGUGGGCGCCCUCCCUGAUGAACGCGGCCCGCGACCGGGCCCUGGCGCCGGUCUUCGUGAGCGAGGGCGUCAAGAGCACGUUCGGCCUCCGCAAGCGCGUCAAAGGCGCCACUAUCGAGCGCCGCCGAGGACGCGACGCCGCAACCGUGCUCGAGCGCCACGACGGCACAAAGCUCGUCGUCGUCGCGGCCGGACUAGGUGAUGAUGUUUCCAAGGCCCUAACGCGUGCCGCGAAAGCCGCGGAGGCCUUCGGCAAGGCGGUGCGCGACACGACGACGCGGUUGGUGAUCGCCGUGCCGGACGCUACGGAGCUCAUGAAUCGCGCCUUCGCCGCCUUCGCCUACACGCUCGAGGGCGGCGGCGCGGCGCUCGUGGCCGCCGUGCCGCACGCCGCGUCGCGCGAGGCGGCGCUCGCCGUGGUAGAUGCCGCGCCGCGAGUAGCCGAAACGGCGCCACCGGCCGCCCCGGUCUGGCUCGUCGCGCUGCUGGCGCUGGCCCUCGGGCUCGCGAUUGGCCGAGGCGCGCGCGGCACCGCGCCGAAGGCCGAGGUCGUGAAGAUGGUCCCAGUCGUCGCGGAGCCGGACUCGCACGUCGUGUCCGAGACCGAGGCGACCUUUGACGAGUCCGAUACCGAUGACGAGGAAUUGUUCGACGACUCGGAGGAGGACGACGACGAGCCGCGCGCCGUCACGACUGGCAGAGUCACGCCGUCCCCGAUCCCGGCCGCCGAACGCGCCGCCGAGGCCAUGUUCGGCGAGGCCACGACGUUCGACGAGUCCGACGACGAGAAGCCCGCCUUCGAGGACUCCGGCGACGAGGACGAGGCGCCCCUCCCCUGA